CAUUGCUAUGUUAACGAGGAUUUAGGUUAGGCUGCCGCUCAAGUUAAGGAUUCUUCCUCCUCAUUCUCAUCUGAUGAAGAUGAUGGAAGUUCAGAGGAUGAGACAUACAAUCCUCCUUCAGAUGCAUAUGAUGAGAUUAGUGACACUAAUGGUGACGAAGACAGAAUGAAGCUGAGGACACAUACUAAUAAGAAGGCUGCUAAUGAGAAAGAUGAUUGUGAUAAUGGGAAGGGUGGUGCUGACGGGAAGGCUGCUAGAAAUGUGAAUACGGACAAGAAGAAGGCUAAUUCAAGGAAGUAUGCGGGGAAAAAAAAGAAACAUGCUUGGCCCAACUUUAGUCCUAGUGGAAGGGGUAAUGUUAGAUUUGGUUCAGGGGGCAAUAUAGGUGGACAACAUACUGGACUUAGUGGUUCUAAGGCCCAACCUGGUUCUAGACAAGAUAAAAGUGGGUCAAGUCACACUAAGGAUUUUGAGCCCAUUAUAGAAGAAGUUGAUUCUGAAGAAGAGAAAGAGUAUGUUUAUGAGAGUGAAGCAUUUGUGUCCCCUAUUUCAUCAGAUGAUAAAGGAGGUAAUAAACACCAAUGUCCAGAGCACAAAACAGGUUAUGGCUAUGGAGAAGUGUACUUUGAGUUGGGUAUGGAGUUUGACACAAUGGCUGAGUUCAAGGAGUGCUUGAAGGAUUACUUUGUUUAUGAGGGAAAGGAAUGCCCAUAUAUUCAUGUAUACUAUGCUAUCAUUAGUUAUAUCAAGUUUAUCUACUCUGUCAUUAUGGUAUUUGAUUUAUUAAAAUUGUAUAUAGGGCUUCCAUGCAAGCAUGCAGUUGCUGCAAUUUUUAGAUUGAAAAAGAUGGGAUACAAAUUAGAAGACUUUGUCGAUAAGUCACUGACAGUGGAUGCUGUCUGA